AUGGGUACUUCUUCUCGAUCGAGACGCACACACUCUUUCGGAAAAGAGGUUUACGAUAGACAGCCGACGCAGGCGGCCGAGGUUGGAGCAGAACAGUACUCGAGACGGCAUUUGUUCACUGAGGCUAACAGGGAGCUGAUGAGCAAUGCUCUCCUUAAAAAUGUCCCUUAUACAGUCACGGCUGCUCUGAACCAAAUCGAUGAAGAGUCAAAAGGUCUUGAUGUACAUGAUGAUGCAGCCAGUAUCUGCGAAGUCGGGCCCUUUCAGGUUUUCAAGUUUGAGUCUUGUCGGUCUACGACGACUGCCAUCUCGGACCAUGUUUCCUUUAAUGACAUGGAGCUUGAUACUUUGAGUGAGCCUCAAACACAAGACUUUUCAGAGCCAAUUGACAACGAUACCGAUCAUAUGGUCGAUGAGACCGUCGUCCCGAAUGACUUUUCAACAACGUCGCUGGACUUUCUACACUGGGGUGACUUGUUCACUUGGGAUGUCAGCGUUCUCGAUAAUCCGCCCCAACUAUCUUACGAAAACUUUGACACACUACCCAUGAAUCUCAACUGGCCCGAACAAUCGUUUUCCGAGUCAUUGGAUGCUAUGAUACCGUUUGAGCCUGUGGCCGAAGAUGUUGCCUGCCCGCAACUGGAUCUCAUGACAGAUGCACCCCUGCUACUGAAACACUUUAACGACGACGUCAUCAGCCAGAUGGGAUCUCUACCAAUUAAUGAGAAGUCUGCAUGGAGAACCCUCCAUUAUCCAUCGGCUAUCAUGACACUGAGCGAGUUGACCAUGUUGGAGGUAAACAAGGACCAGAUCAAGCGUGCCAAUCUAGCUACGUUUUAUGCUCUGAUAGCAGUGUCCUCAUUCCAUCUUUCACUAAACCCCAUCACCUUUCCUAGUCUCACGAGACCUGGUGACCACUGGGAGUUUGUGUCGAGUCGGACAUACGAAGCAGCCAAGCAACACCUCAGAGUCAGCCUCGAGAAGGAAUCGCAGCCAGGGCCACACAAGGCAAAGUACAAGGAGCAACUAAUGGGCAUAAGCGCUGUGUUGGCAACAGCACUUCUCUCGGGGAACGAGACAGACACCCGAUGGUGUCUCACAGAAAUGGAACGCCUUAUCAGCUGGCGUGGUCUCACAAAACCCAGGAUCUCUCGCCGCGCCCGCCUCCUACAUAAUAUUUACGCUUGGAUGCGCAUCGUCUCCGAGAGUCUCAACGUCUUCCAUGACGAAAACCACGCUAUCGAAACACCCUUCACUCGUUCGAGCGCCAAUACCAACAAUCCAGCUGCUGUCCCUGUACAGUCCAUCAAUCCAGACAUGACGCUAGACAACUUCCUCCACCUUGAACCACGAAAGUUGCACGGCCAAAAGACAAAACGCGACAUCAAAGACAUUCAUCUCGCUGAUGCAUCGCAAGACCAUGAGAACAUGUACAUGCAGAUCUACGGCGUGCCCGAGACGUGGCUUAGUCUUGUGUCGCAGAUAACAAGACUAGCGAAUGUCAUGGACCGACUCUCUGCAAAGCAAAAGCCAGACGCAGAAGCGCUCAUGGCUCUCCAGCCACGGGCAUCAUACCUUGAGAAUGCAGUGUGCCUGUUCCGCUCGCGACACAGCGAAGGGUCUCCUUCUGUGAGCGCAAGCCCCAACUCUGCUCCAGGAGGCACACCACACAUGCACAUGGUGCGCGCCUUGGCCUCGGCGUUGGUCAUAUUUUUCUACCGUCGAAUUCGCAAGGUAAACCCGUUGGUUCUUCAAGACAGUGUCCAUGACGUCGUUGAUUCACUACAUGCCUUUGACGAAGCGCUCGAGAGGAACAACCUGCUUGGCCCAGCGACGGGUGACAGCAAGUGGAAAACAGGAUUCGCAGCCGAAGCUAUAUAG